UUGUGUUUUAAUCUCUUUUGUUUUCACCGUUGAAGGGAAGCAUUGGCGGCUUUCGUAGUCUUCUUCGUCUCUUCUUUUUUAUUAAUAUUUUUUGGUAUUAUAAAUAAUGUAAAUGUAAUUAUAGGCUUAUAAUUAAUUUCAUUAUCAAUAUUAUGUUAUAUAAGAAGGUCCCAACGAGCUCAGUUAGCUGGCCACUCGUUUUUAUAUUAAUUUCCAUUUUUCUUCCUCUCUCUUAUGUCUCCGUGUUUUUAAGAACAGGAAUUAAGAAAGAGAGAGAGACACACACAUACACAUAUACACCUUUUUUUUAAUCUUUGGUUUCUCAUUUUUCAUUCUACAGGUUUGAAAUUAUUAUUAUUAUUAUUAUUACGAUUGGGUUACAAUUCUUUCUGGGAAAAUUUUAGUUUUGACCCGAGAAAGUUAGAGCAAUUGGGGUACAUUUUGCUGGAAAGAUCUGUGAUCUGGAAGGUUCUGGGUUUCUUCGGGUACAUUACAACAGCUUCUCCACAUCGAACAAACCGGUUCGGUGGAGUUUGGUUUGGUUUGGUGCUAAGUGUGUUUCAAUAAUUUACUUUUGUAAGACGCCAUUGAUUCUGUAAAAGAAAAGCUUUUGUAUUCUAAAGACACGUUUUGGUGUUGGGGGGUUUGACUCGGGGAAUGCUCGGGUCAGAGGCUUGUGAAACAGGGUCUAGUAUCUUCCCUUUUCUACUGGGUAUUUUCAAUUUUUGACGCAGAUCACCAGGGUCCGAAACCCCUUUAAGAUCUGAGUUAUUGAGAGAGAAAUAUCAAGUGAAGACGAUGAUGAAGAUGAAGAAUAAGACCCCAGGUCCAGGAUUAUCACAAAUGAAUGUCGGCUCAGCAGCCGCCACUGGAGCUGGAGCUGAAGCCGAGUCCACGCUGUCAGAGUGGGAGCUUAGACCUGGAGGAAUGUUGGUCCAGAAACGCACUGACUCUGAUCACACCAAAGCCCCGCCACCAACGAUUCGGGUUCGAGUCAAAUAUGGGUCAACUUACCACGAUAUCUAUAUCAAUUCCCAAGCUACAUUCGGGGAACUGAAGAAAUUGUUGGUGGGUCCAACUGGCUUACACCAUGAAGAUCAGAAAUUGUUGUUCAAAGACAAAGAGAGGAACUCUAAAGCGUUUUUGGACACUUCAGGAGUGAAAGACCGAUCGAAGGUUGUUUUGUUGGAAGACCCACUUAGCCAGGAGAAACGGUUCCUUGAGAUGAGAAGAAAUUCCAAGAUGGAGAAAUCUUCAAAAUCUAUCUCAGAGAUCAGCUUGGAAGUUGACAGACUUGGUGGCCGGGUUUCGGCUUUCGAAUCGAUUAUUAUGAAAGGCGGUAAAGUUGUUGAAACAGAUGUUCUUAAUUUGAUCGAACUAUUGAUGAAUCAGUUGCUUAAGUUGGAUGGGAUUGUUGCAGAGGGAGAUGUGAAAUUGCAGAGGAAAAUGCAGGUAAGGAGAGUACAAAAGUAUGUGGAAACUCUGGAUAUGUUAAAGGUGAAGAAUUCAAUGGCCGCUACCAAUGGAGUACAUAACACACCUAACCAAUCUCAACAAAGGCAAUCCAAUGGGCAUAGAGCGACACAAGCCCAAGAGCAGCAGCCAAGGCAUCAUCAUUCCACUGGUCAAAACCCAAAAACAUAUCAAGAUCAGCAGGAAGCUAGGCAUUCCAUUGGCCACUCACCGAGACACCAGACUCCGAGGCAUUCAGCAUCAUCGGGUGCAGUUGUAAUUACUUCGAAUUGGGAGACAUUCGACGCUGCAGGUCCAGCAGCGUUGGUGCCGAUGCCAGCUUCCUCAACAUCCCCACCAGCCACAACCAACAAUAAACCACCGGUCCAACCUAAAUUCAAUUGGGACCUUCUUUGAGUUUUUUAGCCAUAUAUAUACCACGUUUCUUUUUCUUUUUCUCUUUGUGUUGUAUUGGGAUGUUGUUUUUUGAGUUUGUCUCAUGUUGGUUUGCUAUAAUUCUGAUCUCCUAUGAUUCUUUUCUGUAUUUAGAAAAUGUCUAGACCCCCUUUUACUCUCUUAUUCAGUUCCUCUGAAAUAAAUGGGGUUUCACUACAUUAGUGAUACUAUUAUUCUUCUUUCUUCUUCAUGAAUUCAAGGAACCUUUUCAA